AUGGGUUGGGUUGUACGGCCGCAGUUUAUGGUCGGAAUGGCUAUUGCCUCUCUGGCUGCCCUGAGUUUCGGGUUCGCCACAGCGAAUUUGAACAUUUGCAAGGACUUUAUAAUCGUUGACAUGGGUUGGUGUAAGGGUGAAGGCGUGAUAUAUGACUGUCCAAGGUCCAGGAUUCUCGCAGGUGUUGCCAACGGGUCGGUCUUUGCUGGAGCAGCUUUGGGGUCAAUUAUCAUGAACUUUGUCUCUCACUACGGACGCAGAAUAAACAUUAUCGCGAUAUCUUGGCUUUACAUUCUUGGCUCUACCCUAGCUGCCACGGCUUUUCAGUUUACUACUCUCGUAAUCGGUCGUCUGACAUGUGGCAUUGCCAUUGGUUUGUCUGGCGUAGUUCCAAUGUUUAUUACUGAGAUUUGUCCCUCAGAGUCUAGAGGGUUCUUUGGCAUCUUUUACCCUGCAUUCAUUACGUUUGGGCAAUUUGCAUCCUGCGCAUUUCAGCUCUUGCACGGACGUGUUGUCUGUGCCGACGGGGAGCCGCAAAACGUCUUCCACCUCCUCUUCCAGGAUAAAUUCUUGUGGCGUUUCUGCCAAAUGUUCCCUGCGAUAUUCUCUGUCAUUAGUCUCAUCCUCCUCUACUUUUUCUUUACCACCGACACUCCGUACGAACUCGUUGAAAGGGGAAAGACUGAAGAGGCAAAGGCAGUCAUUGAGAAGCUCCACGGUAUGCUCAGAACAGAUGAGAUCUACGAAGAGAUUGAUAAGGAUCAGGAGAUCGCCAAGGCUACUCCAAACAUUCCAUUCAUGCAUGCAAUUAAUAACAAGACCUACAGGAGGGCCAUCAUUAAUGGUAUCAUCCUUGCCAUCUUUCAGCACCUUACUGGCAUUGCAAUUUUGACAUCAAAUACAGCAAAGAUAUUCCUACUCAUGCUCGGUCGUACCUAUACGGCUGUAGUCCUCUCUUGCAGCAUUACACUCCUCAACGUUAUAGUUACAAUCGCUCUAUUCCCCUUUAUCGAAAAGUUUGGAAGAAAGACGUUUUUGGUGACUAGUAUCUGCAUCUUCACGACAUUCUCUACCAUUACAACCUUUUCAAAAUUUAUCGGAGGAGACGAGGACUGGGUUAAAUGGGUCUCAGUGGGUGGAAGUGUCGGCUUUGUAAUCGGUUUCUCCAUGGGUAUGGGAGGAGUUUUCUGGCUAUAUGUAUCGGAAAUGUAUGGCUCAGAGUACAAGAAUGGAGCUUAUUCCAUGACUGUGCUGGCCAACUGGACUACAGCCUCAUUAGUUCUAACGGCAUCUGAACCACUCUUGUCUUACUCUGAAAGUCUCGUGAACUUUAUGAUCUUUGCCUUCUCCGUCAUGAACCUCUUUCACGUUGUCUUUUUCAUCAAAGAGACCAAGGGAGUCCCACUGGGCAAAGCCUACAACUAG